AGAUAUAAUUCUUUUUUGUUUGAUAUUUAAGUAUCCGGAUUUGGUUGGUUUCCUUACAUUUCCCAGUUAGAUACGGUCGAAAUAAAAUUAAAAAUGAAAGUUCUCGUUGUAGCUCUUGUGGCUGUUUUAGCAACCGUUAACGCUGAUGCUGACAAUGACAUCAGGCUGGCGAGGCUGUUUAUUGGCUGUUGCCAGAAGGCCAUAAUUGGUGGGAUCCCUUCCAUCCCUAUUCCGGACCACAAUCCAUUGGUUAUUCGAAAUUUUACCUACAGUGGGUCAGCCCUUUUAACUAAAUACAACAUCUCCGUCACCAACAACAUCCUCAACAACCUGGUGAACUUCACCUUCCCAAACAUCACCGCCGUGGACUACAGCGAUCCAGAGCGCGUAGCCUACAACUACGACCUCUACUGGCCAAUCUUAAACUUCACCGGUAACUUUGAGGUAGACAUCAAAGCGCCCUUGGUGGACCAAUCGCUCGUCGGAACUUAUAACAUCAUCAUGAGGGAAAUCCAUUGGACCGGUCUCUUCAACUUAACCAAGCCGGGACAAGAGAAUGUCACAAUGAACCUGGACGAUUUCACUUUGAACUCGGCCACUGAGUCAGUAUCAGUUGAUAUCGAGGGGAUCAACAGCGUAACAGCCGCAGUGGUUGAGACAACUUUAACGGACGGACUCUGGCUGUUGAUGAACAAUUUUCCAGCCGCUGCCGGGGAAUUCUUGAGGACCGAGAGGUUCAACGGGUUCUGGAUCAGCCAUCCAGACAGGCUGCUCGCCAUCAUUGACAAUUGUAAUAAGACCGAGUUGUACUUUUAGAGUGUUUUAGAGAAUAUAUAUUUUUUCAACCUUA